UUUGUAGCUAAUUAAAACCUUAAUCUCUCCCUAUCUUUGGUUUUGGUGGAGAAAAUGAGGAGCGAGGAGAAAGCAGGCGGACAUUACAAAGAUAGUCCAUCGCUCAUUCACAUAGUUCUGCUAGCCAACUAAUUCCCUUCUCCCCCACGCUAUAAACUCCGUCCAUUCUCCCCCAUUUUGAAGCUCCAAUUCAAAUCCUCUCCCAUGGAGUCCUCUGUCUUUCUCCGCUCUUUCCACGGUUCGGUGCCUACGGUUUCAAACGCCCAGCCAGCAGCCGAAAGGAGCGGUGCGAUUUCUUCUAUCCAGAGUGUUGGCUUCAGCAGGAGGCUUGUUUGCUCGCCGGCUAAGAGGAAUCUUUCGAUAGUAUCUUGCGCCAAGACAUCUGGUUCCUCUGUAGCUUCCAAGUCUACAGCAGAUGGUGCUAUACCAGUUGCUUCAGAGAGUAAUGGUGCGCCCCGUGCAACUUUCCCCAGUGGAUUUGAGGCUCUGAUGCUAGAGGUUUGUGAUGAAACAGAAGUUGCAGAGCUCAAACUGAAGGUGGGCGACUUUGAAAUGCAUCUGAAGCGUAACAUAGGAGUUACACAUGCCCCAUUGUCCAACAUUUCACCAACAGUGCCACCACCUAUUCCAUCUAAACCGAUGGACGUAGCAGCUCCUGCUGCUCCACCAGCACCAACUCCGCCACCAAAAAAGUCCAAUCCGUUCACAAAUGUCUCCUUCGGAAAGUCGCCAAGGUUGGCAGCUCUGGAGGCUUCUGGUGCUAGCGGCUUCGUGUUAGUCGCUUCUCCAACAGUUGGUACAUUCAGGAAGAACCGUACUGUGAAAGGAAAGAAGCAACCUCAGAUCUGCAAAGAGGGCGAUAUGAUCAAAGAAGGACAGGUGAUUGGAUAUUUGGAUCAGUUUGGCACUGAACUCCCUGUGAAGACAGAUGUGGCUGGGGAAGUUCUAAAGAUCCUCUUUGAUGAUGGAGAUUCUGUUGGAUACAAGGACCCUCUUAUCGCUGUGUUGCCAUCAUUUCCCGGCAUCCAGAAGUAAAACAACCAUCCUGCAAGGCUUCAGUAACAUCCAGGUUCUAUUCUUGGCAGCCUCGAGGAUUGACGCUCCUUAUGCUUUUCUUUUUGCCGCCGCGGUGCUUUGCCCUUGCAAUCUUAUGGCUCAGAGAAUGGCAGUGUCUUUCUGUUGCUUUGUUUGAUUUGUGAAGUAGAUCUAGGUAAUGAGCAAUAAACGAUGAAAAAGCAGGCAUUUUAGUUUCCAGAACUUACCAUAUUUUGUACUUCCUUUGUAUUUGAGUAUGUUUGUUGCUCGAGGAUGCACAACUGUAUUCUUUUACCUGAGCAAACAAUUCAAACGUUCUUGUGAACAGACCUUAUCAUUAGUCAUUGCUGACAAUAAUAUUACUCACAGACUGUAUUUCUAUAUCCAAUUCCUGCUGUUUUCUACAUGAAAGAGUAUUGAGGACACACGGAAUUACAGAUUAUCGGGAGCGAAAACCCGGCCUAAGCUAUGGUGAGCUGGACAGUUUCCCUGAACUCCAGCCUCCUGGUCUCACUGUAAAAAGUCCUGUACUUGUUAGGCCAAUAAGUGAGCCAAAUCCACCCCUUGAUCUCAAACUCCAUCGUCUUCCCCUUGGCAGCUUUAUCCACCUUCCAAGUUAUGCUCUUCCCAUAUUCACUCCCAGCAAACACCACUCCACCUUGCCUUGUAAACGGCCGAUAAGCCGUCCUGUACCGGUCCUUGAACCAUGCUCUAGGGUUGAUCAGCGCCAAGGCUGAAGGCUUGGACGAAACCACCUCUCUCCCGUCCAUGUUAUCGUGCAGAAACCAGCUGAACACCGCACUGUAAGCGUACACUGAGCCUUCGAACUUCCAUGGCUUCAAGCUCAUCGACACGGUCUCUCCGGCCGAGAGCUUCAGCCCCAAGCUGUUUGGCGGGUCGAAGGAAGUCUCUAUCCCCUUCUCCAGCUCGAUUUCUCUGGUCGGGUUGGCUGAUGAGCUGCUUACUGACACGCUUAUUAUGUUCGUCUGCAGGAUUGGCGUGAUGUGGACUGCGAUUCGAGAUGGGAAAUGCUUCUCUUCUGACCCAACUCCUCGUUCUCCCAUCAAGGUUUCGUUGACUAGCCGGUAAAUGUCGCACCUUAUGUUGUCUGUGUACACAGUCACGUCGACCCACUUCUCUUGCUCGACGACCUCAUAAUUGAACUGCAUGACUCCUUCAAGCUGCUGAUACUUCAGGGAGAAGAGGAGCUUCUCAUCAGCUGAGGACCCACUGGAGCUCUCCAUGUCCAUGGCUAUAACAGGGCAGUACAGCUGAACUUUCCACAGCCCCAAGGCCGAGAACGAGCAAGAGAACAACGGGGAAGGCGUCCUGAAACUCCUGUGAGCAGCAGCCUGAAGCUCGACGAUCCAGUUUGUGAUGGCCAGAUUAAUGGACCUCAUCCACUGCUCUUCGAGGUUCGACCCCAUCAUCCUCAUGAGCGAUCUCGAGGCUUUUCUCAUCUGAGGAUCAAUGAGCUGGUUCUUCAGGGUGGCCAGGGACUGGGACCUGAUCUCGGGAGGCGCCUCGUAGAUGCAUACCAGGAGGGUUAGUGUGAGAAAUGAGAGGUUGAAUAUGGCCUUAAAGUUUGGGAGACUGUCGAGCUUCGGUAUUUUGACAGAGGAGGACCUGCUGCUGCACUUGUAAGGGCCGUAACUGAGGAUGUCCUCGAUGAAGUUCGUUAAGAGGAAGGAGAUCGAUUCGCUUCCUAGCAACCUGAGGGGGUCAUUGGAGUUUGUGUUGAUGGGUUUUGAGGACCAGAGAGAUAUGGUCAAGGUGAGAUCAGUGGAUAUGGAGAAGAAGACUGUUGUUGGAGAGUGAUGGUUCUUCCAGACGGAAAGCUUCAGGGAAGGACUAGAAGUAGUGGAGGUAGAAGAAGAAGAAGAAGAAAGUAUGGUGAUAGACAUUGGAUUUUGUUUCCAUUGAGAAAUUGGAGGAAGUGUCUGAAUCCAGGCUAAUACAUCAGGAUAGCUUGAAGAAGCCAUUACUGCAAUCUGCAGCUCAAAGGUAUUAACUUGUUUAUGCCUCUCCUUUCUUUUACUUGUUUCCAAUGGGAUGAUCUUCCUGAUUUCCAAAGGGGUUGAUAUAGUGAAGCUGGGGAAUAAGAAUCCUGUAAAAGGGAAGGAAGAAAGAAAUGUCAAAAGGUUUGGAGUAGUCCAGUGGAGAUUGGCUGGAAUAUUUCUGCUUUUCUGUUAAAAUGACGAGGAUUUGGUGAUUUGAUAGAUGGCAAAAGUGUGCAAGAAAUGAUGUUCAUGAUCCUCUGUAUCUCUGUAACAAUGGAGGGUCUGAGUUCCGGUAAAUUUGCAUUUUAACUCCGCACAGUUUUUGGGAUUCGCUCCGUACGUGUAUUGAAUUGGAACUUUCAAAUUCGCGGCAUCUAUUCGUGGAUCUACAUUGACGGUACAACGUCACUUCGUAUUGCAUGUUGAUUCACGGCAAAGAUUCAGGGAAAAUGAAACUUUAGAGUUUUUUGUUUUUUGUUUUGGAUCACUCUGAACGCAAAAGAAGUCAGCCGAAUUCAAUUCCGCGUAAGAUGGUUGAUGGUGAAUUAUCUCAUGGAGUUUGCUUGCUCAGAUCAUACUUUCCCGAUAUGACAAUCCAUGCAGGAGCUUUCCUUCUUGCUGUGUUGAAGAAACAUGGUCACACACUAGAAACAGUAACCUGAAACAGCUAAGUGUAGGCUCCAAACCAAGGAAAAUGGGGCGUGACAGCCCAUAAACGUGUUGGGUAUGUAUUGUUUCCCUAAAUGAGAGAAACCGACGAUGGAAGAAAUGGUAGUGAGCAAAGCUUUCGUUCCAAAUUGGCACCAAUUAAUCCACACACCCAAUUUUGGGUCAUUCUGUUUGCUUCUUUCACGAUUGGAAAUGCCCUCCAAUUGAUGCACUUUAUGGAGGGUAGGGUUGUCCAGCUUCAUGAGCACUCCAAUUAUUGCCAUUCUUUUCACGUGCGAAUUUUUGUUUUUUUUUAUUAAGUCGUGGAAUGUUUUUUUGUAUAUUCAACAGUGGAAUACAGAAGUACAUGGUAGUAUGGUACGAGUGUUGGAGCUACGUGUAGUUAAAGAGGGGAUACAAUUCGCUUUUAAUUUUUUUUAUAUA